UGCAGUCUAGUGCUUUCAGGAUUGGCGUAUCAGAACCAGGGUCAAGCGGCCAAAGGAGAAGAGCGCUUUAGAAAAGCAAUUGCAGUUAGCCCCGAGCUUCCUCUGGCGCGCGAGGGUCUGAUCAACUUUUACGAUAAACUAAAGAAGUGGCCUGAGCUCGCCGCAGCACUGGAGGAGAUGCUCCAGAUCCACCUAAAAAGGUAUAGACAAUUUCGCUUCUUGGAAAUGUAUCAUAUGGCGAGCUUACGGAUCAAACCGCAUUUUCAUUCUUGUUAUGAAAUAGUGCGGAUGGAAAGAAGGCCAUGUCGGUAACAGAGCGGUUGAUUGAUCUUUAUACCACUGAGGGCGAAAUGAACAAGGCAAUUGAGAAGAUUAAAACGCUCCUGCCCGGAUCGAUGCUCUACGAUUUAUUGGGUGAUAAGCCAAGCCGUAUGGAAACCCUCAAAACUCUGGCAUCGAUUCAAGAAAAGAUGGAUGCCCAGUUCUACGAACGCGAGGUUAGACUGCGCCGAGGACGUCUUGGAGGCGGAACUCAGGAGCAGGUUCAGAAUGCAGUGAAAAAUGAGCUCUACAACAAGUCUGAGCUUGGCACUACAUACGAGUCAAUCUUGGAGCUCGACCCAGAGAAUAGGGCGGAUCUGCAGUUGAAGCUACUUCAGUUUUAUAUCAAGAAAAUCGAAGCCAUCACAUUUGAUCAGAAGACAGUAAUCCGUGAAAAAGCGUUGGCGUUGGCGUCCGACAUGAUCAAGGGCAACUGCGCUUCACCAUUGCCAUACGAACUGCUUCUAAAAUUCACCGAUGCAGCCAUGCCUUCCGACUAUGAUGCGUACCUUCAGGAGCUGUACUUCACAAAGUUCCCCAACACCGGAUUGUCCAAUAUAAUUCAAGCACAACUGCAUUUCGCGAACGGAGAAGCGAGGGAAGAUCUAGUGGAGAUUCUGGAGGAGGGCUUCAAGUUGGAACCAGACCUCGCGUAUGGUUACCUCGUCAUAUGCUGGAUGGACUAUUCAGUUCAGGAUUAUGAAGCUGGUCUGGAGCAUGCCACGGCAGGACGAAAUAUCCUCCAGAGGCUUGCUGCCGCCACGGCAUUUCCAUUCGACAAAAUGCGCCGAUCCUUCGAGCUCUGUAUGGCUUGCUGUCAGCUCAAAAUCAGCCCAAAGCUGGCAGGCAGUGCCCUCGCUCUUUAUGAAGGAAUCCUUGAUGCGGACGAAAAUAAUAUUGAGGCCCGUCAGGGUGUUGGAUUCGUCCGAUGCAUAGAAGGAAAAUAUGCAGAGGCAACGAAAUCCUUUGAAAAUGUUCUCCUACUGGACCCUGAUAAUAUCUCUGCUCGGUCUGAGCUAGGAUGGAUCUGCUACGUUCGAGGGGAGUUCGAGCAAGCGGAAGAAUGGCUUCGGGAAGUUAUCGAAAUGUCAAAAGAGCCCCGCGCGCUGGACCUCUAUCGUUUGGGAAGAAUCUAUUAUGACAUGGGUGGGGAGUACCGCGAAAACUCGGAUUAUUGUCAUGCACAACUUAUUGCUGCCGCCAAACUGGACCCGCAUUGUGCUGGAGCCUUUACAUAUCUGGGACACUAUUAUCGUGAGGUUGCUCAGGAUGACCCUCGUGCUGAAAAAUGCUACCAACAUGCGUUCUCCUUGGACCCUCGCGAAGGGGAUGCUGGACGUUUCCUGAGUGAUUACCUGUUGAAAGGCGACAGCUUGGAGGGCGCGAUCGAUGUGUACGAAAAGGUGAUUGCAGCGGACGGCAAGGCCAACUGGGCCCUGAACAGACUGGGAUUCGCGGAACUGAUGCGUGGCAACAAUAUCGAGGCUAUGGGAUCCUUCCAGAAGCUGCUGCGAAAUGACAUUAAGAACGCACUGGCAUGGGAAGGUGUUGCAGAAGCGUAUCAACAUGAGGGAAGGUACAUGGCAGCAUUGAAGGCAUUCACCAGGAAUAGAGAGCUAGUUCCAGAGUCGACUACGGCGCAAUACCAUAUUGCGCGAGUGCAUCAACGACUUGGCAUGUAUUCAGAGGCGAUCGAGCAGUACCGGUCGACAUUACAGCUGGCGGAACAAAAUCAAGAGUCCCAACACAUUCCAUCGCUGAUGGGUAUAGCAGAGAGUUGUUUAGAGCAGGCCAAAGAGUUCUUUGUCUCCGGAUACUAUGGCCGAUCUGCAGAGUCCUGCGGGCAUGCGCUGCAGUGUGCGUCUCAGCUUCUCCAAAUGGACCCCAACAUUAUAUCUGCAUGGAAGUUGGUCGGCGAUGCUUGUCUUGCAUACCGUGCAGUCCCUCGAUACCUGUAUCUCUGUCCUCUGAACAUUCUGUCCGCCAUCGUCAACAUGAUGCCUUCCGAUACGAAUGCGCUCCUUCACUUUCCAUCAGGCACGGACGAAGGGGUACUGGAGAUUCUAAAGACCAUGACAUCUACCGACCUUGUGAACGCGACAUCAGAGGAGAUCUCACAAGCACUGGAUGCGAUUUAUACAGUUGCAGGUCUCGCGUACAAGAGGGCGAAUAUUUUGAACGGAAACGAGGGGCAUCUGGCUGCUCAUUUCUGGUACGAUAUUGCUCUGACGUACUAUUACCGACACGAAAACGCUGCGAAGGAGCACCGCACAGCUACGAUAACACGACAUAAAGGACAAUGGCUCGGAGUCACCAUGCGUUGCCUGAAGGCGUCGCUACAGUUUGAAGAAGAAAGUCCAAUUGUUUGGAAUGCGCUUGGUGUUGCAACUCUGUCGACGAAUGCCAAGAUCAGCCAGCAUGCGUUCAUCAAGGCUAUUGAAUACGACCCCAAGAAUGCGGCGCCGUGGUCCAACCUUGGCUUCCUGUAUUUGCUCAACUUCGACCUAGAUCUUGCGCUCAAGGCGUUCACGACUGCUCAAACCUUGGAUCCUUCCUUUGCACAGGCAUGGACAGGGCAGGCCUGUGUCGCCAGUCUUUGGGGAAGCCACGAAUCGACAGCAUUGUUUGCACAUGCGUGUGAAUCCAGCACGGCUUCUGUCUUGGAAGCCGACUACGGCUACGCGAUUAACACCUUUACGAGCAUGGUGGACAAUUUCCACAUGGCUAGCCCAGGAGCCCAUGCUGCCAACGCCAAACGCGGUCCUUCUUCAAAUGCAACAACAUUUUUGGUUACGCCAGCCUUUGCACUUUCAAAGUAUCUGGAGCAGCGGCCUCGAGAUGCUGCGGGCUGGAAUUUGUUGGGUCUGAUGCGCGAGCGGUUCUUGCAGCACGAAGGAGCAGCAGAGUGCUUUUUGACGGCGAUCCGGAUCUUGAACGAAGAGGAAGGCCAUGAGAUUAUCGAUGACGGAUCUAGGAGGCGUAGGAUGAUGUUGCAUCACAACCUGGCACGCGCGCUACUUUGUAUGCAGGAUUAUACUGGUGCAGUGGAGGCAUAUGAGAUCUCGCUGGAGCUGGAGGGGCAGGAAGUAACGCCGAAUGAGGUCAGAACAUGCAAGCACUUGGGAGCAGGAUUGGCACUGUAUUAUGCGGGCGAUCUUGAGCGCAGCCUGGGGAUGUUUGAGAUCGCACUUGCGGAGACCGAGCAAGUUGAGGGCAUGGAAAAGUCCCGGGACGAUGUUGUAGUCCUGCUGAGCCAGGUCCUUUGGGCCCUUGGGGGCGAGGAACAGCGGGCGGUCGCGAAGGAGGAGUUGUUUCGGUGCAUUGCUCAAUCUCCAACACAUCUGCCUGCGAUUUUUGGAUUGGGAGCCAUGGGACUUGUGCAGGAUGAUGAGACACUCGCUACGGCAGCGUUGAAGGAGAUCCUCAAGUUUUCGCGACAGGAAUUGGCAGAGAUGGAUCCGGAGCUGAGGUCAGACCAGAUGAUCAGCCAGUAUUAUUCGCUUCUGAGCGAGUCGAAGCUUUCUAUUGCAGCACUCUCUAAGUCUGUGCACCAGGCCCCAGCCGACGCAGCGCUGUGGGGUCGAUUGUCAGAACACCUAUCAAGGACGACUGCGGACACGGGCAUGAGUUCGUAUGCAGUCGCCCAGGUGAAUGCAAAGGCAGGUUUGGACCUACUACAUGGAAGGGAAAGUCUGCAGGCAGUUGAUCUGAUGCAAGGAUAUGUGCAGGUAGCAGGGACGAUGCUACUGGCGAACACAGAACGACAGCAGAAGGUAGCCGGGUGGAAGAACGUGAAGAAGGAAAAGAUUGAAGAGGAACUGAGGCAGAGUGUGGCUAAAGUGAAAGGCGCGGCGGUGAUGGCACAGAGGGGUGUGAUGGCUGCACCCUGGAGGCAGAAGGCAUGGCAAACCCUGGGGGCCGCAAUAGAGGAGUUGGUGCAGCUGUAAGCAUACAAGGGUGCAGAAACCCAUUAAAGCACCACUGUGGCCAUGGAAGUGUCAUUCCACAAGUAACCGCAUAUAACAGAAAAGAAAAAAAAGUUUCAUUCAGAUGCCAUGAAAGGGAGGACACUGUUUUCUUCCUUCCCUCUUCUUGUUGCCACCAUUGACCAUUGACCAUUGACCAACAACCGCCGACCAACAACCAUCGAUCAUCGCUCUCAACCUUCAACCCUCUACCUCCAAUUAUUGGCCGUUAAACCAUUCCUCAAAACAACCUACGUCGGAUAUCGAUUCAUUUGACAUUCACAUGUCGCAACGUACAGACGACGGACAGGACUGGGCUGCUGACACUACUGUUGCUGCUACCUCGGAUAGUAGCGAUACCGAGGACCCUGCCAUCAUUACUCACCGGUCACGU